CCAGUUUCCCCUUCUGAGGUUCUCCAACGUCGCGGUUCUCAGAUGGCCGGUACCUCCGCUGGGUCUUCUGUAGCGGCCGCAGCAACCUUGGCUGAGGAAGAAACGGACGAACUCCGGGAUGUCGUUAUGCGAGAUCGCAUGCUUCUUAGAGCUCUGUACACGCGCAGCGAGGACUUGCCCCGACUAUUUGACGAGGAGGCGGCAAGACGUCAUGCAGAAGCCAUGGGAGAAGACUGGGCUGAGAGGUUGGUUGUAUGGCGAGGACGGGCAAAGAGGCGGAUCGAGAUUUAUGAAGACUAUAAUUUCCCCGGUGUUGCCAAGCUUAGAGGCCACAAGCGCUUAGCUUUUGUCAUUCCACUCAACUCUUCAUCCACCAACCUGUCGCUUUAUUCCGCGACGGACUUCACCUUCUGCCUCACCUGUGCGCCCACCCCUGCAGAAUCCAUGACAUCUCGGGCAAUGUUCCACUUCGCCAGCACAGGAACCAACAUCUUCAUUCUCAAGCACAAGUCUCGCACACGAUCAAUCGAUUGGAUGUGGAAGCUCUGGCGGCAUAUGGGUGGGGAGAUCCCUAAGCAUGUUGAUGUGAAGGUUCCGGGAGUGGACACCCGCGUGCGAAUUUUUGUGCCCCCACUGGAUCCCCUCAGCCUCACUCGCAAAGAGAUACUGGAGACAUGCCUCGAGAGUCUGCUCACCGUGCACGACUAUAAGGCGCUCAUGCAGCGCGCUCUCAAGGAAGGGGGCAAAGCGGAGCUUUGCUGGCGUAAUGAACUCAACCUCGACUGGGUCUGGCUCAGCGCGGACGUGAACGGUCGCCUACGUCCAUGGGAGGUGCUCAAUGGGAUGGUUCUUCGGCAGGUCAGGAAGACGACACAUCUUGAGCUCAGGCUUGCGGAGCACUAUCCGACGAAGGUUGUACUGGCAAACGGUGCGACGCUCACUGAACCGCCUGCAAUAGAGGGUUACCUGCAUCGGUACACCGUGUUGACCUCGCGCAUCAAUCGCAAGCGCGUGUAUGUGGCGACGCAGGAUGGGAACCUCAUGUUUAUGCCUCAGCAUCGUGUGCGACCCCCGGCACCACCGAGUCUUCCACCAGACGGUCAAACGGACAAGCAGCGCAAGUCUGCAUGGGCGAAAUUUAGAGCGGAAGACACCGCUCGUCAGGGAGAAAACAUUCUCGUCACUGAUGAAUAUAUCGAUCUCCGGGAUAUCCACAUCAUCCGUUGGGCCGAGACCACGCUCUCCAAGACAGAAGAUACCAAACAUCAUCUAUGCGUGAAGCGCUCGUUCGAGGUUGUGAUGCGCUCAGGGCAAGUGUUUCGACUGGAAGCACACACACGCAAGAAUGCUAGCGAAUGGAUGAACCAUCUCAAGGCGCUCGCAUGUUAUUGGACUAGACAACAUCAUGUGUGGGCUAGGUUCGAGAUGGACGUGACAUACGGCGUGGAGGAGCGACGUGAUGGCGUGCUGCGUCCCCCUACCGCCGUUGGUUGGUAUCCUCGCCCGAAGGAGCCCGUUGAUCCAGAUGCAGGGUCAACUCUGUUGCCGUGGUAUUGGCAUUGGUGUGUAAUUGAUGGUUGCCGCGCGAUCAUCAAAGCUGGUCGACUGUUUCAAAAGACUGGGUAUCGAAAGGAGUUCAAACAUGUGUAUCACAUUCUUGUGCGAGGCCACUUGAUGCAGUUUCAACUGACCCGCUCGAUCACCUCUGCCUACCGAAUGAUCUCCUCUAUCCCACUCGCCGACGCUUACGUCUACUCGGGUCAAUCCGUAGUCGCCACCAUGCCCCCAAGCAGGGACGAACAACAGGGCCACUUCAUCACGCGAUAUUAUCAGGACGGCUUCGAAGCCCGGGACAGCGACGAGGACACAACGUUCAUCCUCUGGUAUCGAGAUACGAACGUGGACAGCCGGCCAGUAGCCAAACCUCCCGAGGAGGCAAUCGCUGCCGCGCAUGUAGAGUAUGGGGCUGACCCAUUACCGGGCCAUAUCCCGGCGCUGAAGGAUAAGAACCGGAUACUGAUUUGCAGGGCGAGGAGCAAGCUUGAGCGGGAUGCAUGGUGCUGGGCGCUCAAUGUGGAAAUUGAGCGGGUGGUGAGAGGGAGUGUAGCACGGGAAAGUGCGGUCAGAGAACAUGGGGAGAUUAUUCGAUCGUGAUGUAUGGCGACCAGAGUGCACUCAUAUGACUCGCAUGGAU